AUGCGGCGUUGUUUGACCCCAGCCGGUGCGUGGGUGUCCACGUGGAGGAGGGUGACGACCGUGUCGCGUGCCGCUGGCUACAACCCUAGUCACCGUCCACCUUUGACGGAGACCGACGCGAACAAGACGACGUCGGGGGCGUCGACCACCGCACCGGUCGCGCCGACCUCUGAAGACUACCGCGCCCUGCUGCUGGAUCUCUUGCUGUACCGUCGUGAGACGUUGACUCCAGUCGUUGAAGCCCUACGCCUCGAGAGAGACGAGGUGGAAAAAAGGAUGGAGCAGCUCGACACGCACGUGCGCGAGCUCACCUCCAUUCGCGAUGAGCUUCGGCAACUAGCCGAGACGAUGCUGGACGCGGAGCGCACGCGCUUACACAACUUUGUCAUGGACCCCACCAACCCUCCUGCCGCGGAGAGCACCACGGCGGCACAAGCCGCAGCAGAGAGUGGAGAGGUUGAAGAAAUUGUGCUGUAG